UCAAUUCGCUGCCGAACAUCGUGGGGUGUGUUCCAUUCUGUGACGCUUGCUCCGUAACGAAAAAUCUCGUGAGAAACGCGUCGUUCGCCGUUCGAUAUUCGAAAUAUUUAUACUGAAAUAUAAAUGCCCAAUUAUUUAUGGUUUUUUGCGUCGAUAAUCGUAUACUAAAGAGGCGUGAAAAUAAAAUAAGUUUGUGCCUAAUUUAAAUACAAAUCAAAGUCGAGCAACGAAACCAAAAUGAGCCUAAAAUCAGUGGCCAUCCUGCUGCUGCUGGCGCUGUGUCUGAGUCAUGUCCUGGCUGCCGUGACAACCGUGCGUCCUUACAAGUUUGGCUUCACCAUCGACGAGCAGCAGCAUCGCGCGGAGCAGAGAGAUGAGCGCGGCAUUGUUAUGGGCGAGUUUGGGUUCAUCACCGCCGAUGGUAUUUAUCAUGUGACUGUCUACGCCACCGACGAAGAGGGAAAAUUUCACAUCGUGUCAAUGAAGAGCUAUCCCUACGCAGGACCCAUAGCACCCAAGACCGUAGCUACCGUAGCUGCCAGCACGACAACAAGAGCCCCUCCACCGCCACCAGCGCCGGCAGCUUUGCCCAAGUAUAACUUCAACACGGAGGCCUGUUCGGGCUGCUUCCUGAAGAAGUCCCCCGCUGCGGGCAGUCCCAAAACUGAAAUUCGUACGCUCUCAAAGCCGCUGCCAGCGCUGGCAACCGGACAGCAAGGUAAGCCAACGACCAGUCGGCUGGAAGUGGGCUCGCUGGAUCACGGAGUCAAUGUCCAGCUGCCCUUCCGACAGUCCAUCGCCCAGACCAUAGAGGUGGCAAGGCAACAGGGACUGGGACACAGUCCAGCAACCACAACACAGCACAACACGAACACGAAUAGCAACAGCAAUUCCUACACUAACACUCAGCACACCAGCACCCAGCACACAUUUGCACCCACCACGACGAGUCCGAAGCCACUCCAAAAGCGGAUAGAAGUCGGUCUCGACUUGGCCAUGACCACAUACAGCACCUCCAAGGCCGCCGUCACGGGUCACGUGAUCAGUCAGACGCAGAACUCAAAGUCUCCGAGCAGCAACAGAAAAGUAGACUACGAUGUGGGCAUCAUCAGAACGGCUGAUACGGUUUCCCCGUCAUCCUCGAGCACCGUCAACUAUGCGAAGCAGCCAGCGGGGACCUAUGCCUCACAGCCAGCGGGGACCUAUGCCACACAGCCAGCGGGGACCUAUGCCUCACAGCCAGCGGUGACCUAUGCCUCACAGCCAGCGGGGACCUAUGCCACACAGCCAGCAGCGACCUAUGCCCCGUUGAACAUCAAGCUAAAUGCGGAUGCUGUGAGGCAGGCGAGUGCCUUCGUUUCCAGCGUAAAGGCUCCCUUGGCCUUGGCAGAGCAGCCAAUUGUACCGCCCGCCACAGUGCCCGCAAGUCAGGUGCCAAUCUUUUCCGUGGGUUCAACCGGCACGCAGAGUUCCCCACUCACUUCCGGUGUUGGUCACUCGAAUGUGCCGCAGGCCAGUAAUGUGGUGCAACAGACGCAUCCCGUCGCGUUCUCCAGUCCUGCCGCUGCUGCCCAACCUACUGCUGGACAGAUAUUCGGACUGGGAGCACAGCCAUCAACACAAUUUGCACAAUUCCCAGCACCAAAGCAGAGCACACAACAACAACAAUUGCACACACCCACAACACUCACACAGAGCACACAACAGAGAUACCCCUUGAAUACACCAACACAGACGGGACUUUCUGGCGCAGGCGGCCUUUCAGCAACCGGAAAUGCAGCCCCAACGAAGAUCGGUGGAAGCCCUGCUGUUGUAGGCAUCUCUGGGGGCAGUUUCCCUAAAGGAAAUGCAGGAAAUGGCGGCGCAACUGGAGGCGCAUCAGCUGGAAGUUUCCCUCAAGGAAAUGCUGGCAACAGUGGCGUUUCUGGUGCACCACUGGGUGGCCCGUCAGGUGGAAGCUUCCCUAAAGGAGUUGGAGGUAAUGGAGGCCUAGCUGGCGCUCCACUGGGUGGAGGAGCUGGAGGUCGCCCUGCUGGAUCAGCAGCUGGUGGUGCAAGCUUGCCAGCAGGAUCCUUCCCCGCAGGUGGAAGUGGAGCUGCAGGCAGCGUAUACCGUGGUAGCGGACCAACUGGCAGCGCAUCGGGUGAAGCAUCGGGCGAUCUGUACAAGUUCAAGUACAUUCUGGACUACAAUGGACACGAGGAAGCGGGCAGUCGGAAUGGCGACAAAGAGGGAAAUUACUUUGCCAUCGGCGAGGAUGCAGUGCGACGCACCGUCGAGUACAUUGCGAACGAGUUUGGCUUCCAGCCGCACAUCAGUUGGCAGAAACUGGACGAGAAGAGCGUGCUGCCCGCGGAGAAUUCCCUGAAACACUACGAGUUCAAGUGGUUCAAGGCAGCGCAGUGAACCGGAUCCCUCGGAUUCGUUCCAUUUCGAGUGUAGAUUCUUGUCCCCACUUGCUGUACAUAACAAUUUUGAUAAAUUUGCGAAUAAAGACACAGACAGAAACCGAGAGAGAUUAACAAAUAAG